AUGAGUACAACGGGGAUCAUAGCCGGGAUCGCCGGUGUUACUGCAGUCACCACUGUCUGCUCGCUCAUAACAGUUGUCCUUCUCGUCAAUGACAUAAAUAAUUUUUAUUAUGACGCAAUUGAGGAGCUCAAGGACUUCACUGACCUCGCCAACUCCGCAUGGUAUGAAAUGAGGCCGUCAUAUGAGGAGGUGAGAGAGAGAAGAGCUGCGUGGCUUGGAAUAUCUCGACAACGCCGCCAAUAUCCGCCACAUUGCAAAUGUGGAGCGUUCCCUACAGCUUGUCCGGCUGGACCGCCUGGCCCACCCGGAAUGCCUGGAUUAGACGGAGAACCUGGCGGGCCAGGUGCUCCAGGUAUGCGUGGUGCUGACGGUAUUGGAGUUAGCUAUGGCGGUGGAGCUGGUGGAUGCAUCAAAUGCUCUCCUGGACCUAUGGGAUCCCCUGGUCCGGAUGGACCUCCUGGACCUCCUGGGCCACCGGGAGAGGCGGGUGCAUAUGCACGUGGAGGUGGGGAAGGUCCGCCAGGGCCACCAGGACCACCCGGAGAUGCUGGAGCAGCUGGAGCACCCGGAAAGGAUGGAGAGCCUGGCAUGCCGGGCGCUCCUGGAAUGCGCAGCAUAGGGCUACCCGGACCUCCUGGACCACCCGGACCAAUGGGACCACCAGGACCUCCUGGAGAGAGUGGUUAUGGUGGAGGACCUCCACUUCCAGGACCACCCGGACCCCCGGGACCGCCUGGAAUGCCUGGGACACCUGGUCCAGACGGACCACCUGGAAUGCCCGGAACGCUUGGUAUGCCAGGAGGAGACGGAGCGUACUGUCCUUGUCCACCACGUACUGGACGCUAUAGCCGUCAAGGUCCUCGGGGUAUUUCUCGUCACAGGAAACGUCUAGUCCCUGUCCCUAAAAAGAGAGUAGCCAGACGUCCCAAUGGUCCAAGUACUGCAAGGAAUAGAAUUAUUCAGCAUAAGACGGCCUAUCGGAAGCAGUGA